UAUAAGAGUAUAUAGAGAGGCGGGAAAUAAAAAUUUUAUAAUGAAUUUAAUAAUUCGCUCCAUAAUGCUUAGGUGUUUAAGAAACAAAUUGAACAAUAAUUUUAAAAUUUCGUUUUAAAAUUGUAAUUUUUUUAUAUUAAAAUAUUAAUUUUUAAUUGAAAAUAAGUAAUCAUUUUUUAAUACAAUAUAAUACCUACAUCAAAAAAUAAAAAUAAUUUAUAAUUGUUUUGUAAACUGAAAUUAGUGUUGUGUGUCAAGUACAAUAUAGAAUGAAGAAAUUAAUAUAUGUGACUGAUGACAACCAAUAUUAUUGUGAAUGCUGUUGAAAUUAGGAAGUUGCAAGAAAUUUUAAGAUCUUUGAUUUGAACCUUUGAUGAUAUGGUAUACAAAAACAACAAAUAUAGAUUCUUAAGGACAUCAAGAGUAGAAAAAUAAUUUAAUGCAAAUAAAAAAAAAAAUAUAAAAAACAGCCGGACAGAAUUUCUUUAGAAAAUUCAAAACAGUACCACAACAAAUAAAAUACAAUAAAAAAAAAGAUGAAUGAAAAUUUUAUUUCAAUUCAAGAUCGACCGGCCGACCGACCAACAAGAAUUAUAUAUAAAAGUCGAAAAUCAUGCGAGACCUUUUAACAAAAUAUAUAAAAUUUUCAUUUCUAAACGUUUAUUGCCCAUGAAUUAAAUUUUGAAAAAGAAAAGAGACUAAACAAUAGUAUCCUUAAUUUAUUUUUUAUAUUCGUUAGCAUUUUCAUAUAUCCUUAUAUUUUAUAAAUCAUUUAUACAUUAUAUUUUUAAAUAUAUAAAUAUGCUAUACAUACGAGUAUGUCAUAUAUAUAUUCGUACGAGUAUAAAAGUAUACAAUAUUUAUUUUUUAACUUAACAAGAAUAUACCCAGCAGGGUACUUAUGAGUAGUUAUAGGAAUAACAGUCAUCAUCUUUAUAACUAUUUAUUAUAUAAAAAGUUAAAAACAAAAAUUGUAUAUAAAGGACAAUAACAACAAUAAUAGCAAUAAUGAUAUAAACAGGAUGUUUCGUAUUCAAGGUCGUAUACAAAGAGUUUUAUAAAUGAUAAAUUUCCAACUAAAAAUCAUUGAGGUUGUUGGUUUACCAUCAUCAAUAAAAAAUAAAAAAAAAAAAAACGCAGAAAAUAAAGGCAAGUGAAAAAUAACAAGUAAAACUCGCGAAUAUUUUAAAUACCAUGCAAAAAAUUUAUAGUAAAAUAUAUAAAAAAAAAUAAAUGAAUAUAUUAUAGUCCUGAUUAUUCCACUAUACUAUUAUUAUAUACAUGUAUACAGAAAAAAUUUAAAGUCAGUAAAGAAAACACAAAAAAAAAAACAAAAAAAAACUAAAUAAAUAUGUAAAAGUAUAAAGUUAAAAAUACAGAAAUAAAGUAAAAACACAAUAACAACAAUUAUAAACAACAAAAACAAAACAAAGCCAUAAAACAAGACAAAAAAAUGUUAAGACUGUCAUAAAAUAUCUAGGGGCGUACAACAUUUUAAAUUUUUAAAUAGAAAAAUAAAAUAUAGGAGUAUAACGAAAACAAAAAACGUAAUAAAUAUUAAAAAAAUAAUAAACAAAAAAAAAAACAAGAGAAUAUAAAAAAAUAUAUAUAAAAAAUUAAAAAACAAAACAAAGAAAAUCCAAUUGUAUCAGCAGCACAAAACAAAAAAUUAAAAACAGAAGCAGCAGCAGCAACAGCAGCAGUAGUAACAGCAACAACAGCAAUAACAUUAACAAUAACAGCAAAUAUAACCAAAAUAUAAAAAACACCAACAACGACAAUUAUUAAUAGUAACAAUAAUAAAAAAACAAAAAAAAGUAAACAAGCAUACCUAGUUUUACUCUACUCACCGCAUAUAGUUGUUAGCAAAAGAAAAAGAGAGAGCAAAGAGCGGCGUUGUAUAUAAAAACUGAAAGAAACAAAAAAAAAAAAAGACAAAUAAAUAAAAAUUAAAAAUAUUUACAUUUGUAACGAGGAUACGCGCUCUAUUUUGCAGUUUUCUCUUAUUCUUGUUCUUGUUGUUGCUGUUCUUCUUGUUUUUUUUUUUUUAUUCAUUUUCUUCAGUUUUUAUUUGCUUGUUAUUAUUGUUAUUUUCCACUGAGGAAAAAAAUUUUGUAACAUAGAAAAAGUUAACACAAGGGGCAACAAUAAAAAUAAAAAUAAAAAAAAAAUUAAAGAAAAUUUGUAAAUAAAAUAAUAAAAUAAACAAAAACAACAAAAAGAAAUAAAUAAAAAUGGCAAGUAAUAAUAAAACUUAUGUCACUGUUGGGCCUAUUGAAGUGUCUAAAGCUUUAGUAGAAGGAGAUAAAUUCAUGAAAUGGGAUGAGGUUUCUGAUACACCAGUUACAAUGAAAGUUGAUCCAAAAGGUUUCUUUUUAGUAUGGACAGAUCAAAAUAAUGAAAUGGAUUUAUUAGAUAUUGCAACAAUUCGUGAUGUUCGUACAGGAUCCCAUGCUAGGAAACCAAGAGACAGUAAAUUACGUCAAAUUGCAACAAUUGGAUCACAGGAUACACUUGAAGACAAAACGGUUUCAGUGUGUUUUGGUAGUGAUUUUGUUAACAUGAAUUUUAUAAAUUUUUGUUGUAUGAGCAAGGAUAUUGCACAGCACUGGACAGAUGAACUUAUGAAGUUGGCAUACAGUUUAGCUCAAUUAAAUGGUUCCACAAACAAUUUUUUACAGAAAGCUUAUACAAAACUUUGUUUGCAAGUGGAUAGAAGUGGAAAAAUUCCUGUUAAAAAUAUAAUCAAAUUAUUUGCCCAAAAUAAAGAUGAUCGAAAGCGUGUUGAAAAAGCUUUAGAUGUAUCUGGCCUACCAUCUGGUAAAGUUGAAGGUUUAUCAAUAUCAAAAUUUCAAUUUGAAGAUUUUUUUAAUUUAUAUAAAAAUUUAACGCAAAGAAGUGAAGUAGAAAAAAUUUUUGAUAGUAUAGUUGGUAACUCGAAACGUCGAUGCAUGACAACAUCUCAAUUAGUUGAUUUCUUAAAUAAAACUCAAAGGGAUCCACGUUUAAAUGAAAUUUUAUAUCCUUAUGCAAAUACAACAAGAGCAAAAGAAAUUAUUUGUGAUUAUGAACCAAAUAAAUUUAAUGCUGCAAAGGGAUUACUAAGCCUUGAUGGUUUUUUAAGGUACUUAAUGUCAGAUGAUAAUCCAGUUAUGGCACCGAAUAAAUUAGACAUUUGUGAUGACAUGGAUCAGCCAUUAUCUCAUUAUUUUAUAAAUUCAUCACAUAACACAUAUUUGACCGGUCAUCAAUUAACUGGUAAAAGUUCUGUAGAAAUUUAUCGUCAAUGUUUAUUAGCCGGAUGCAGGUGCGUUGAAUUAGAUUUUUGGAAUGGCCGAACUGAAGAACCCGUUAUUGUGCAUGGUUAUACAUUUGUUCCUGAAAUAAAUGCUAAAGAUGUACUAGAAGCAAUUGCUGAAAGUGCAUUUAAAACUUCUGAAUUUCCUGUGAUAUUAAGUUUUGAGAAUCACUGUAAUCCACGGCAACAGGCUAAAAUAGCAAACUAUUGUCGUGAACUUUUUGGUGAUAUGCUAUUAGAUAAACCAAUAGAUUCACAUCCUUUAGAAUCAAAUACAGAUUUACCUCCGCCAGCAUUAUUACGAAGAAAAAUUAUAAUUAAAAAUAAGAAAAAACAUCAUCAUCAUCACCAUCAUCAUCAUCAUCAUAAAAAAGCGGGUGCAGGAGGAGGAAGUACAAAUGUUGGUGCCGCAAUUGCAACAUCUACACCACAAGCAGUACAAAAUAAAUUACAAUCAUCAAAUUCAGUUGAUGCUGGAAGGCAGCAACAAGUAGGAGGCGCUGGUGGUAUUCCAAUACAACAAGAUGAAUUAGGAAAUUUUCAACCUGGUGUACAACUUGCUGGAACAAUAACUGGAAAUGGUGAUAUUGUGAAUCAUCCGCCAUCUCUACAGCAAAUUCGUCAAAGUUCAAAAGAUAGUACUGGUUCAUCAGAUACAGAUAGUACAAGUGAUGAAGAAUCAAUGCCAAAUAGUACAAUGAAUCCGCCAAGUGGUAAUGAACCACCAUCAGAAAAAUCACAAAAAGAAACAGAAGCUGGUGCAGAAAUUUCUGCUUUAGUUAAUUAUGUACAACCAGUGCAUUUUAGUUCAUUUGAAAAUGCUGAAAAGAAAAGUCGUUAUUAUGAAAUGUCAUCAUUUGAUGAAAAACAAGCUACUACAUUAUUAAAAGAACGGCCAAUCGAAUUUGUUAAUUAUAAUAAACAUCAAUUGUCACGUGUUUAUCCAGCUGGAACACGUUUUGAUAGUUCAAAUUUUAUGCCACAGCUAUUUUGGAAUGCCGGUUGUCAGUUGGUGGCAUUGAAUUUUCAAACAUUAGAUUUGGCAAUGCAAUUAAAUCUUGGAAUUUUUGAAUACAACGAAAGAUGUGGAUAUUUAUUAAAACCUGAAUUUAUGAGACGUACAGAUAGAAGAUUAGAUCCAUUUGCUGAAAGUACGGUCGAUGGUAUUAUUGCUGGCACAGUAUCAAUCACUGUUUUAUCUGGGCAAUUUUUAAGUGAUAAAAAAGUUGGUACUUAUGUUGAAGUUGAUAUGUUUGGUUUACCAGCUGAUACAGUUAGAAAAAAAUUUCGUACAAAAAUUGUUAAAGAAAAUGGUAUAAAUCCACUUUUUGAUGAGGAACCAUUCGUAUUCAAGAAGGUUGUGCUACCAGAACUUGCUAGUAUUCGAAUAGCUGCAUAUGAAGAAAAUGGUAAAUUUAUUGGUCAUCGUGUAUUACCUGUUAUUGGUUUAUGUCCAGGGUAUCGUCAUGUUACACUACGUAAUGAAGUUGGGCAACCUUUAACACUUGCAUCAUUAUUUUUAUGUAUUAUUGUUAAGGAUUAUGUUCCUGAUGGUCUUUCUGAUUUUGCUGAUGCACUCGCAAAUCCAAUAAAAUAUCAAAGUGAAUUAGAAAAACGUGAUAAACAAUUAGCUGUUCUUACAGAGGAUACUGAACCAAUCGCUGAUGAAGGACCAUAUCAAAGUACAAAUCAAGUAGAAAAAAAAUUAAAGACACAAGAAACAAUUUCUGGUAGUCCAAAACGUCCUAGUAUACCAGAAACAAGUAUAACAUCUGUUGAAAUACAAUCAGAUGGUCAUACAGGUGAUUCAGAACAAGAACAUUUAAUACAACCUGUAUCAACAUCAGUUCCAUUAAUUAGUCAACCAUCAUUGGAACAAACAUCAUCAAUAGCAAUAAAACAAUUAGAGACAACGGUAUCAAUAGAUUUACAAGAAAUUACAGCAGAACCGUUAGAGAAAAUUUUCGAACACAAAAGUAUUCGAGAAAAACGCUUAGAAAUGGAAAAAAAAUUGGAAUCAUUAAGAAAAAAACAUGAUAAAGAAAAAUUAAAAGUAGCAUCACAAAAAUCUAGUCCAACAGAUAGUUCAAGUAAAAAAUCGAAAUUUUUAUUUAUUAAACGCUUAAGUAGUAAAACAUUAGAUGUAACAGCUGAGGUACCCCCAUGUCCAGCUGAUAUUAAUGAAAGUAGUGAAGAUAGUGGUGAUAGAAAUGUAAGUGGUUCUAGUUCCGCUGGCGGAAUAACCCGUAGUCAAUCAGAAAGAUUAUUAGCAGUUUGUAAAGAAUAUUCGACAGCAUAUCGUGAAAUACAAGAGAAAUAUCAUGAAGUAAUUUAUUCGGCAGCUGAAAAAGUUUUACGAAAUUCACAAGCAAAUCAAAUGAAAACAUUAAAACAAUCAUUAGAUAAAGCAACACAUGAAGUUAUGGAACAAUUACAAGAAGCAAGACGUAAUGAUAUUAAAAGUUUAGCUGCUGAACGUAGGCCACGUGAUGAAUUAGAAAGAAUGAAACGAGAAGUUGCUAGUACAAUGGUAGACAGGGGAGUAGCAGAAAGAGUACGAUUAACAAAAGCCUAUAAUAAAAGAUGUGAAGAUUUACAAAAACAACAUGAUUUUGUUAAAAAUUCUUUAGCUGAACAUAAAGCAAAAGCACGGAAUAUUCUCGAAAAAGACUUAGAAUCAAGAUCAUGUGGCUCUUCAAGCGGUUUCUUGGUACUAUUUCAUACAACAACUCAUAGACCUGUAACAGCAACAUCAGCUUUAUCAAGUGAUGCAUUAGCUGAAGGAAAUGGAGCAAUCGGUGGUUCACAAUCCACUGGAAAUAGAAUUUCAAAUUCAACUUCUUUUACAAUGGAAUCAUAAUUUUUAAAUUAUAGCAAAUGAAUUAAUUUAAAAUUAUUUUCAAUUUAAGAAAUUCAACUAAAAAAAAAAAAAAAAUAAAAAAAUUAGUAGAAAUUUAAUAUUAAAUUAUUUUAACAGUAUUUGAACGAUUCUCAAAUAAAAAUGUAAUUUUAUUAGCUA